AGGAGCGAGUUAAAGAAGUCAUUAGAAUUUGCCAUUGGUCGCACCACUUCUUCUACACCAAGGGUGUGGUCAGUCUUUUGGUCCUGUCAUCAGCGGUUCUUCAAACAGCUCUGGUGAGUAUUUAAUCCCAUCUCUGGUCCUUUAGGGGCGGAUAUUACAACAAAGUUUAAACGUUAUUUAACAAAAACCGUUCUAACGCUCAUACCUUGUCAUCGUUUGCUGUUCACAUCAACAAGAAGGUGACAGCCUAAAUUAGAAAACCAUUUAUCUACUUAAAAUCAAUACCCUACAAACGAAUAAGGAGGCGCUCUGAUUUUUAGACCUCGUUUAAAUAGUCGACCUUAAGUUUCACCUUAACAUUUUUGCCUUUUUAUUUCCAGUAAUGUUGUCCUUGAUGCUAGUUCAUCGGCCUAUUUAAAGUUAUACGUAAGACUAAAUCGGUAUCGUCUCCAAUGGUACUGUGGGACUGUUUGCAGACGCUGUCGCCUUUUUAUUGGAUAUUACGAGGUUACGAGGGAAACUGGGUCAAAAUUCAUCCCCAAAACAGUCCCAUAGUGCAGUUCGACUCAACACCGACCCAUGUCCAAGCGAGUUUGAGUACAAAACCUAAAAAAAAGUAAACGAAUUUCAUUUGUAUAAGAAUUAAAAAAAAUCAUUUUUAUAUCAAUGGCUUCGCACUUAGCCUCUCUUUGAAAUAGAGGCUUGAGGCAACUCGGAAAUGGCUAUAUUCGUGGGCCGCUUGGGAGCUCUUGGAACAGCUACCAGGAUUGCGUGAGAAAUUAAUGAGAAAGCAACGGAAACAAACCCUAACCCUGAAAUAGUAGAGCUACGUACCUGGUAGAGCGAAUGAAAUUAUAGUUUUUGAACGGCUUCGUGACAGUGGCAAUGUAACGUAAUCCAAGACAGUCUUUGAUUCUGGAUUGCACGCUGUGGAUUCCGGAUUUGUUAUCACUGGAACUUGGAUUUGGGAUUUCCAAUCGUUAGCGGGAUUACGGAUUCCAAAGUCCAGGAUUCCGGUUAUCACACGAAAAUUUUUCCUGGAUUCCGAAAUCCGGAUUACCUGAUCCUGGGCGGAUCAUUAUACGUUUCUGGGAAACUGCCCACUUACUCCUCCCUUAAGCUAACAUUUUGCCCUAAGUGAGAAGUAAGUGUUGAUGUUGGCGUAGGGGAGGGGUAUGUGGGCAGUUUCCCAGAAACGUAUAAUAAUCACAUGGGACAAUUUUGCCAGUAUCAUAUUCCACUUUAAGCGCCAGGAGGCAUUUUUACUUUGUAACCUUGCUUAUAUUGGGUCUGGUAACAGAUAAGAUGUAUAUGAAUAUUUGUACAGCAUGAGUAUGAAAGUUUCUACCAUAGUGGAAGAAGCCCAGCAAGCAUUGCAGGCAGGAUAUUGUGUGGUCAUUGGUCUCCAGUCCACUGGAGAGGUUUGUUUUCUCUUUCUGUCCAAUUUUUUUUCGUAUCCACUCAAAAAGGGUUACAGUUUCUGAUAACAUAAAAAUUUCUUUAUUUCAAUGUCAGCCAGUGUUUAAAAAGUAAUGUUUGAGACACUGAGAACUUCUUGCAAAGUUAGUAGAAAGUACGUACCAAAUAAUUGUUCGCCCCUCACACUGUAUAGAGAGUUUCACAUAACAUUGUAGGUUCUAUUAGGGGAUGCACUUGAUGUAAGGCUAUCGCUGCAAGUAUUUUAUGACCCUUAAGGACGUAUGUACGGUCUACGCGGUAUUUAUGUUUGACAAAACAAAAAAAUGGUUGGAUUCUAUCGAGAACGCACAAUUCGUUUAUAAAGAAUUCCUGCAAAUUGCUGGAUUUGGCCGCUGGAUGUAUAAUGGCCAUCGUAUUUUCCCUGCAAUAAUGUUAUUUCGUUGGUCCAGCAAUUCACCUGUCAAGGCGGAUUUUGUUCAUCUGGAAAGUGAUAGGCUACAGCAAGACUAUCAAUUUUGUCCAGAAGGCAUGAUCGACCACAGGUCACUAGAUUUCGUAGGUCAUGGGCCAUUUUUGAUAAUUUUACUCAGGUAUUGUUCAAUGACCGACGGUUAUUUACUUACUACUUAUAAACCGAGAGUGAGGUCGUUACAGCGAAGUCCCAGACCAAGGCCUUGUUUAUUGACCGAGCGAUAGCACAACAGAACCAUUUUUAAAUACUUUUUUAACUUAGAUAUAUGACCCUUCGAAUUGAACUCCAGAAAAAUUCACCAACAUUUGACAAAUUCAACGACAUGGAAUAACAGCGAGGAAUUUUGAAACAGCAUGAAUUCCCUUUUUAGGAGACGUUUUUGUUACUGUUGUUGUCGUCGUUGCUUAAACUCCCCAAUGAUCAUGAGAAAGUAGUUACUUGAAUAGAGUUUGGCUUAAGUCAUUGUUUUAUUUGUCAGGCAAGUUUGGAAAGUGAAAUAUCACGGUGUGGUGGAGUACUGAAUGGCUUUGUCUCAAGUACAGAAGAAAUCAUUAGCAGGUUUCUCACGCAGUAUUUUCCAACUGAGAUAAUCAAAUCGGUGAGUAAUUCUGAACAACCCUUCUUAGCUGGUGAGAUUUAACUCACGCGAGUGCUUAAUUUCACGAGCGCUUUUGUUCUGGCUUUGAAGAUCAAAGAUGACUGAGGAUAAGUCAAGUUGACACCUCUCUUUCAGGUCCGUUCACUAAGAUUUUAAGUUGCCGGGCAUAAUUUUUAUGCAAAGUUUCGACGGAAAGUUUUACAGCUGGGAAGUUCUUUAUGUUCAUUUUUCCUUCUAUUUCCUAUGUAAGUAGCCGGGGGCCCUACUCAAAGUUUCCAGGAGAAAUUCCCUGUCCCGGACCCCUUAAUUACAUCCCUGCUCUUUCCCCUUGCGACUUCGGCGCCGCUGAAAAGCACUCCUGCGCUCUCAUUCCACCAGCUUUGCAGGUCAAUCUCAAGGAUGGUACAUCACACAACGAAUGGAUAAUUUUGAAAAUCCACUCUAUACUCAAUAUCACUUAAAUGUAAUACACUUUCUGUAACCUUCAAAGCAGGCGUAUUUUGCAGGGUGACUGUUCUCCCGCCAUCUGGGAUAUUGAAACUGACAGACAGUUCAGUCACCUGUUCAGUUGGCGUCAGUGAAAAAAUGAUUCAAGAUGGCGGACGCGAUCAAUAUACAUUUGUACCUCUAGGCUUUAGUUAAAAAAAUGUUUGCUCUACUGGCCACACUUUCUGCCUUCCACAUUUUCAAAGAUUUGAUGGUACUUCUUCUGUUAUGGUUCAUAAGCCACGGAAGUCCAGUCCAGCAGUCUUGUUUACUCACUUUCCCGACCUUACGUUUGUUUCGGAUAAUGUGAAGUUAAGUAAAUUUUUUUUUAAAAGAGAGAAAUCAAGGCUAUUAUUUUCUUUGUGUAGAAUGGCGAUGUUGUUGAAGAUCAGUGGAGUGUUCAGGCUAAAAAUCUGCUUCAAGGUUUUGUCAAGAAAAUUAAUCUCCCAUUCAGGUUUGUAUCAAUGUUCUAUUCUUUAAAACCUUUUUAAAGAGCCUGUCUAACUAGGAUGAGCUUUUGCUGUUUUAGGUCAAUGCUGUGCAAGAGUCCCUAAUUAGUACCUUAACCUAAAUACAAUUAAUGGAAUUAUACAGAAGAUAUCAAACAAAUUUUUAAUCAUGGAGCACUAACCACUAUUUUUUUGGUGAUUGUUACAGGCAUAGCAUUAAAACUUGAACAACUUGGUACAACGUUUUCAAGUUUAAAUCCAUGUCCAUUCUUGCCAUCCGUUGCAACAGACGACAGAAACCAGUUUCAGUGCUAAAAAUAUUCUUAAAUAACAAAUCUGCCGCAUUAUUUUUGGGAUUAAUCCUGGCUGGCGAUGGAAAGGAUCCCGUUAUGGACUACCAUACACUGUCUCACUCCACCCAGGUGUAUAAAUAUGGGCACCAAAAGAUUUAAUCCUGGGUGGAGGUGGAAGGGAUCCUGUUGUGGACUACGAUACUCUGUCACACUCCUCCCAGGUGUGUAAAUUUGGAUACCAACAGAUUUAAUCCUGGGUGAAGGUGGGAGGGAUCCUGUUAUUGAUUACUAUCCCGUCCAAGGAGGAGCAAAAAUAUUCCUAGUCGCUUCAUGCAAUGGAGAUCGGAAUGUGCUACGGCCAAAUGGGCUACCUGGCUCGAACGCAGACUUUACCUUCAUACCUUUUUGAAACAUAUUUUUGUCUCUAGUCCUCUUGAUGACCUUAUAAACCAGCUCGGAGGACCAGGAAAAGUAGCAGAAAUGACAGGCAGGUGUGGUCGCGUGGUAAAAACUGACAAGCAGCCUCAACCUCAUUACGAGGCUCGAGAAUCAGACGGCAGCAAUGUGGAUAGUUUGAAUAUUCAAGAGGUGAGCAAAGUAAUCAGAACUAAAUCUUGCGCCGUGUUCUGAAUAAAAUGGUAGAAAAUGCGAUUUACAGUCGGUAAUUACAGUCAUCAGCACAGACGUCAUCCUCGGCCAAGACCCUGGAGCAGGCAGCCAGGUCGAAAACUUUCGUCGCACGACUCGUCGCACCGUUUCUGCCGACCUGACUGACUGCCCCUGGGUCUCCGAGGAUGAACUCUGCCUUUGUCCCUUACAUCUAAAAACAGGACUGUCGUUUCAGCGCGAGAAAGACAGCCUAGUGCUUGCGUUUGUUAGUUGUACCUGGGAUUACAAGUUUUCAAGUGUAGUCCAACCUUAAAGUCUUACUCUAAAUCUGAACUCUUAUGCCUUAAAUUCAGGUAACAAUCCGGUUUCGGAUCUUCGUUUCAUUCCCCAGUAUUUUUCGCUUUCGCUAUGACAACUAAGUCGGCAUAAAGCAAUUGCUUGAAGCUCAAGAACUGCCUGUUUAAAUACCACAGUUUUUAGAGAGUUGUUUGAGUAUAUCUGAACAUUCAACGUUGUUUUUUUGAUUGCAUUGUAUCACAGAGGAACAGUUUUAUGAAUGGAACAAAACUUGUUGCCAUCAUAUCUGAUGCCGCCAGCACUGGUAGGUUCCCUUUGUAUCUUGAUUCGUUUGAAGUUACCUGGAUUAAACAUUGCACUUUUUAAAUUCUUUUAAUACUUGAAAUUUGAGGCAACCUUGAAGUUAUUUUCACACAAAGAAUCGCUGGCUCAGUGUCUGUUAGCGUUCAAUUGAGUUGCCAUUACUUGGAAUUUCGUGUAGAGACUCGAAAUUUAGAGUGAUGUUUCUUGACUUAAAGUGCUACUCAAGCAGGAAUAAAAGGUUUUCCUCGGGUAAAAGGAACCGCAAUAAAUAACGUGUAUAAGUGACAAGACAAGACGAUAAUUUACUUGGGGUCGUAUACCACCUGGUACAUCGACUGUUUUCCAAAUGAUUUAAUAUUACAAUAUUCUAAAUAAAAUAAUUUGUAAUAGACUCAUUGAAUUACACAGGUAUCUCGUUACACGCGGAUCUCCGAGCAGCCAAUCAGUGCCGCCGUGUUCAUGUGACCAUUGAGCUGCCUUGGAGUGCUGACAAAGCUGUUCAGCAACUGGGAAGAUCACACCGGUCAAACCAGACAAGGUACAUGCACUGCCCAAACACAAACGUUCCUAUCCCUUUGAUAUAAGCUAUUUCCUAAAGAAGAAGGAAAUGGUUGCGCGCUGCACGUUUACCAUUUUUAAUUGUACCUCCGCUUGAUUAGCCUUGUUGGAAGGGUAGCGUUCUGCCAAGCAGGUUUAAACCCGCCGUUUAAACCCAACACCAACCAGGGUCUUCAAAAACUGAUCAUAUCAUGCUGCCUGUUAUCUAAGAUCUUGUCUCAGUCCAGAUGAUCUGAUAGUCACGUCAGUGGGCGGUGAUGUUAAUCCAUUGGCCUUGUCUUAUUCAUCCUUUCUUAACAAUUCGAAGGGGACGUAAAAAGAACCCACACUGCUGUUGGAGAAGAGAGUGAGAGGUAGACCUCUGUGGUGUGGUUUAUCUCUCACGUGGAAGGAACUGUCACGGGGCACAAUACUUGGCUUCACGCUUUUGCGGUUACCCUGCCAAGAAUUGGACAGUCUAGUAAAACAAAAAAUAAAAUUCCUUGUGAUUAAAAAUCUGAAGGCUUUCCUGGAAUAUCACUACUUCCAUAAUAUCCUGUGUACAGCCGCCUUCUCCCCUUGGGAAAAAUCGGGAAAAGGGAGGGGGCGGCUUUACACAGGCUACUCCCAUGAUCACUUUUCUUUCGCCAAAAUCCCCUUUGUACCAUGGGAGUCAGAGGAGGGAGAUAUCACGUGAUAAUGUUCACCGUCUAAUUGACGCGCUCGGGGGCUCCGCUUUUCUCCAGAGUUUUACUGGCUCUAAUGGUUUCUUUGUUUUGUUUUGUUUUUUUUUAGUGGACCUAUCUAUAAACUUGUAACAACAAACUUGGGCGGUGAAAGAAGAUUUGCUGCGGCUGUGGCUCGACGGCUUCAGUCGUUAGGUAAUGUUUAA